UUAUCUUAUCAUAUACUUUACAAAGAAAUUGUUGCAGUUAGUGGUGUUCCAGAAACUGAUGAUGUAUAGUAUUAUAAAAAUAUAUCCGUCACCAUUUAUUUGUUAAAACCUGGACAAAUAAUUCAAUAUUAACGAAAUGGAAAUGGCAAUUAAAGUUGAAUGUGUCGAUAUAAAAUCGGAAGUUGAGGAAAUGUGGGACCCGGCACCUUUGACCUCCGAUAAUGAACCAUCGGCGCAGAGCAACUGCAAAGAUGCAGUAGAGGACGGGUGUAAACGUGAGGAGGGAUCAGCGAACGAAUGCAAUACGAAAACCAAGCAGGAGUGCAAAGUAUUGUACAAAUGUGUUAAAUGUACCUACAAAACUAGAAGCGAGAGCUGUUUUACGCAAUACAGUGUGAGACACGAGAAUUAUUCUGAAGUGCACAAAUGUGAAUCGUGUGAGUAUGAAACUGAAAUUAAGGAACUACAACAGAUGCAAAGCUGCGAAUCAUGUAAUUGCCAGACAGAGUGUAGGUGUGACUUUGUUAAGCAACAUAAAAGUUCAUCUGAAGCACGAUUGUACAACAAAUUGCAACAUAAGGACGCUUCACAACCGCCAGUUUAUAAAUGCGAGGAUUGCAACUACAAAUCAAAGAAUAAGAGACUUUUUAUCAAACAUCAGUUGGUACACAAAGAUCCUUCGCAAGUACAAACGUAUAGGUGUCACAAUUGCGAUUACGAAACUAUAUACAAGAGUUACAUCAUAGGACACCAACUAAAGCAUAAAGAUGCGUCACAGGUUCAAAUGUACAGGUGUACCGAAUGCAGUUAUGAAACUAAAUUUAAUACUAACAUAAAAAAACACCAACUUAAACAUAAAGAUCCUUCGCAGGUCCAAAUGUACAAGUGUAACAUCUGCGAUUAUGAAACCAAAUACAAAGGUGCUAUCAAACAGCACCAACUGAAACACGAAGAUCCAUCUCAGAUUCAAAUGUACAGGUGUAGCGAAUGUGAUUACGAAACUAAAUACAAAAGGAAUAUCAAACAGCACGAACUGAAGCAUAAAGACUCUUCGCAGGUUCAAACGUACAAGUGUAACGACUGCAAAUACGAAGCUAAAUACUGGGGUCACAUCAAACGGCACCAACUAACACAUCAAGAUCCUUCUCAGGUUCCAAUGUACAGGUGUAAGGACUGUAAUUACGAAACUAAACACUGGAAUUAUAUCAAACAGCACCAACUGAAACAUAAAGAUCCUUCGCAGGUUGAAAUGUACAAGUGUAACGACUGCGACUACAAAACUAAAUACAAGAGGAAUAUUAAACUGUGUAACGACUGCGAUUAUGAAACAAAAUACAAGAGCAAUAUGACGUGUCACAUGUUGAAGCAUAGAGAAACUUCUUAA